AUGAGGCUGUACAGUGGAAACAUUAGUUGUGAGAGCAAUAAACAAUUUCGUGAGAGCAUUGAACAGUUUCGUGAGAGCAUUGAACAUUUUCGUGAGAGAAUUGAACAGUUUCGUGAGAGAAUUGAACAGUUUCGUGAGAGCAUUGAACAGUUUCGUGUGAGAAUUGAACAGUUUCGUAAUAGCAUUAAACAGAUUCGUGAUAGUAUAGAACAGUUUCGUGAUAGUAUAGAACAGUUUCGUGAUAGUAUAGAACAGUUUUGUGAUAGCAUUGAACAGUUUGUGAUAUUUCGUGAGAGUAUUAAACAGUUUUGUGAUAGUAUAGAACAGUUUCGUGAUAGUAUAGAACAGUUUCGUGAUAGUAUAGAACAUUUUUGUGAUAGUAUAGAACAGUUUCGUGAUAACAUAGAACAGUUUGGUGAUAGUAUAGAACAGUUUCGUCAUAGUAUAGAACAGUUUUGUGAUAGUAUAGAACAGUUUUGUGAUAGCAUUGAACAGUUUCGUGAGAGUAUUAAACAGUUUUGUGAUAGUAUAGAACAGUUUCGUGAUAGUAUAGAACAGUUUCGUGAUAGUAUAGAACAGUUUCGUGAUAGUAUAAAACACAUUGAACAGUUUCGUGAUAGUAUAGAACAGUUUUGUGAUAGUAUAGAACAGUUUCGUGAGAGCAUUGAACAGUUUCGUGAUAGCAUUGAACAGUUUCGUGAGAGCAUUGAACAGUUUCCUGAGAGUAUAGAACAGUUGCCUGAGAGCAUUGAACAGUUUCGUGAUAGCAUUAAACAGAUUCGUGAUAGUAUAGAACAGUUUCGUGAUAGUAUAGAACAGUUUCGUGAGAGUAUAGAACAGUUUUGUGAUAGCAUUGAACAGUUUCGUGAUAGUAUAGAACAGUUCCGUGAUAGUAUAGAACUGUUGCGUGAUAGUAUAGAACAGUUUCGUGAUAGUAUAGAACAGUUUCGUGAUAGUAUAGAACAGUUUUGUGAUAGUAUAGAACAGUUUCGUGAGAGCAUUGAACAAUUUCGUGAUAGUAUAGAACAGUUUCGUUAG